GCCUCUCACCGCUCCCACUGUCCCACCGCAAAAAACGAGCGGUGUCGCUUUCCUUUCUGUGGAUGAACGCUGGGAGCCGAAGAGCCGUGGAGAUUGACGGAGGGGAAGAGAGAGAGAGAGAGAGAGAGAGAGAGAGAGAGAGAGAGAGAGAGAGAGAGAGAGUAUAACGAGAAAAACAGAGAAGGAGAGACCGUGCUAGUGAAGCCGAAAUGAAGAAGCGAGCUUCCGUCGGUCUCAUUGUGUUCCUGAUGGCUGUGGUAGUCCUCGCCUCUGUCACCAUGAAGAUCCAGCACGACCAUCUCAAGGUGACGGAAAGGAUACGCCCGCGGAAGGUGAUGCAGAAGCAGUUCAAGAGCAGCAUCGCAGCUCUUCCGCGUGGUAUUGUGGAAUCGACCACCGACAUGGAGAUGAAGUCUCUGUGGAAUGUCUCUAAUUUGAAAGAUAGUAAUGUAAACUUCUCUGGUUUAUUGGCAAUUGCUGUUGGUAUAUCACAAAAACGAAAUGUAGACAGUAUGGUUCGGAAGUUUUUAGCAGAUAAUUGUUCCAUUAUACUUUUUCAUUAUGAUGGAAAUGUAAAUGGUUGGCAAGAUCUUGGGUGGACUGACAAGGCAAUUCACAUACUUGCUCAAAACCAAACAAAGUGGUGGUUUGCGAAGCGCUUUCUACAUCCAGAUGUGGUAGCUUUAUAUGAUUAUAUUUUUCUCUGGGAUGAAGAUAUAGGAGUUGAUUAUUUUAAUCCUGGAAGGUACAUGCAGAUAAUUUUUUCUGAAGGAUUGGAGAUUUCACAACCUGCGGUUGAUCCAGAAUUUUCAUCUGACAUUCACCAUCGAAUAACGGUCCGAAAUAGAAAGACAAAAGUUCAUAGGAGGGUGUACUUUUGUGGAAGCGUAAAUUGCUCAAACGAAAGCAAAGGACCUCCAUGCACUGGAUGGGUUGAGGGAAUGGUUCCCGUGUUUUCCAAAUCUGCAUGGCGAUGUGUGUGGCAUCUUAUUCAGAAUGACCUGAUACAUGGUUGGGGUUUGGACAUGAAACUUGGAUAUUGUGCUCAGGGGGAUCGGACCAAGAAUGUUGGAGUAAUCGAUACUGAGUUCAUCAUCCAUCAAGGAAUACCGUCCUUGGGUGGAGUCCGUGCCAAAAAGGCAACAGCCCAAAAAUCCUUGGAUUCAAGAUCCCGGAUUAGAAGACAGUCAACAGUCGAGCUAGAGAAAUUCAAAGAGCGGUGGAAUAAAGCUGUUGAAGAGGACAGGGAUUGGAUUGAUCCUUUUGAUCUCCAAACAAGAUAACGCAAAGUUAAUGCUGCCGUUAGUUUAAUUAAAUUUCACGUGGCAUGGUGCAGAUUAUUUAUUUGUUCCUUGGGUUGCCGUUUUUGUUGCGUUUAAAUGCUCUAAAUCGUUGUGAGCCAUUUAUUCCCAAGGUUGUCUUCAGGCAUCUUUUGUACUGCGAAUGCACUCAGACUAUGCAACUCCCUGCAGCCAAAUGCUGAUAUUCUUAAAAGUUUGAACGGCACUCCAUUUCUACUUGAGAUAUAGCUGAAUUAAUUUCGUCUUGUUGUAGUUUUUUUAUUGUUUUGUAUUUUUUGUAUCAUGAAUUUAGAUAAUUAUUUAAUGGCUAAGGUUAUAUGCAAUCUAUAGUUCGCUCAGUCAAAGGACCACAUACUUCAUUAUAAAUGUUUUCUUCGCAAGUACCUGCUGCCGUCCUCAUAUCUCCGGUACUUUUGCUUUGUUGAAAGUUUUACUUAGCUUUCAUAAGUUGGAAAUGUAUACUAGUUUCUUAUAUUUCUAUUUUUUAAACUGAACAUUCAAAUUGUAACUGAAUCUUUCAGAA